AUAUGACUGCAUAUCAUAUAUAAUGUGUUUUAAUAUUAGCCAUAGAUAUUGCAGUACAGUCUAUGUAUGUCUCAACAAAUGUGUGCAACAAAUGGUUGAAUAAGUGAUUGAAUUGCAAUCACACGCAAUGGUCACCAAAUGAUCUGAUAUACCAUCUAAUGAAAGACCAAUUGAUGAAACAUAUGAUUUAAUUCUGUUAUUAUCUUUAAAAUAAUUCAUGCGAUGAAUGAUUGCAUUGAUUGCCACUUCAAGUGAUAAUAAUAAAAAUCCGGUGACUUUUUUUAAUGGUGUCUUUGAUUAUCAUUUUUGUGCAAUUUUUAAGUCAAAUGUAUUAAAAUUGUUGUUAAAAAGUUGUUGUUGUUGUUUAUAACUGUUAUUGUAUUGUAAUUUAAUUAAUAAGUUUUUUUAAUUUGAUAAUUAAAAUUAAAUUAUUAAGUGUUUAACCGCUGUUGUCUUCCGCGAUGACCACCAUUUGCCACGAUUCGGAUCUACAGGUGUUGGUUACCAUACAUGAAGAGGAGAUCAAAAAGUUGAAGACGUUGUUGAAUGAAAAAGAUGAAGAGAUCCAACAGUUGAAGACAUUGCUGAACGAUAGGGACGAAGAGAAUCAACAGUUGAGAUCACAAUUGGAUAAAUACAAGAGUGUCUUCUCUGUUGCAAAAGGCGAUGGCUUACUAUCGGCCCCUAAUAACCAUCUGAGACCACGAAAAAACCGAUUGCUUGGUAUAUCCGCCGAACCGCAGAAUCCAUUGACCUAUCAAGAGCUGAUCAAAAGCAAGUUUAAUGAAUACCCGAAACCGGAACAUUCCCGAAAGCUCAUAACGAACGCCAUUCUUGAGAAUGAUUUUAUGAAAAACUUGGAAGAGGUUCAGAUCAAAGAGAUCACUGAUUGCAUGUAUCCAGAAGAACAUAUAAAAGACCGGUUUAUUAUACAAGAAGAUAGUGUCGGAUCAGUUGUCUAUGUUAUUGAUGAAGGAUAUCUCGAAGUGAGUAAAGGCGGGAAAUUUUUGUCAAAGAUGGGUCCGGGAAAACUAUUCGGCGAAUUGGCAAUACUAUACAAUUGUACCCGAACUGCAACUGUCAAAGCAUCAACCGAUUGCAAGUUAUGGGCCGUUGAAAGACAAUGUUUUCAAACAAUUAUGAUGCGAACGGGUCUUAUUCGUCAACAAGAAUAUACGGAAUUUCUUAAAACUGUUCCGACAUUUAGCAAACUUCCCGAUGAAACCAUUAUGAAGAUUGUCGACGUUCUCGAAGAAAACACUUACCAAAAAGGAGAGUACAUUAUAAGACAGGGCGCACGUGGAGACACUUUCUUUAUAAUAAUUAGAGGAACAGUUAGAGUAACUCUUAAAGAGAUAGUAUCGCAGAAUACAAGUGGCGAUGCUAUGGAAAUCAAUGUUCCCGAAAAGUUUAUCCGAUCAUUAGGUCGGGGCGACUAUUUCGGCGAAAGAGCUCUUCAAGGGGAUGACGUCCGCACCGCUAAUAUUAUCGCUGAUUCGGAUACUGGUGUUACCUGUUUAGUCAUUGAGAGAGAAUUAUUUAACCAAUUUAUGAGUAAUUUAGACGAAAUUAAGACUAAACAAUAUGACGAAGACGUUGUUGAGAGAAGAAGAUUGAAUGAACGCUAUGCUGACAUACAAUUGACUGAUUUGCGGAAAGUGGCCACUCUUGGUGUUGGAGGUUUUGGUCGCGUCGAGUUGGUCACACUGGCCACCAAUCAGUCACAGAGUUUUGCAUUGAAAGUGAUGAAAAAGGCUCAGAUAGUUGAGACCCGACAACAACAACACAUCUUAAGUGAAAAACAAAUUAUGAUGGAAUCCAACUGCGAUUUUAUUGUAAAACUUUACAAAACAUUCAAAGAUGCCAAAUAUUUAUAUAUGCUUUUGGAGUCAUGUCUUGGAGGAGAGCUGUGGACAAUACUCAGAGAUCGGGGCAGUUUCGAUGAGACGACGACCCGAUUUUACGUGUCGUGUGUUAUCGAGGCUUUCGAUUAUCUUCACUCUCGAAAUAUUAUUUACAGAGACCUGAAGCCCGAAAAUAUGCUUUUAGAUGAAUUCGGUUUCGCAAAGUUAACAGACUUUGGAUUUGCCAAACGUCUGUUACCGCCGGGAAAGAAGACCUGGACUUUCUGCGGAACUCCCGAAUAUGUUGCGCCUGAAAUUAUAUUGAAUCGGGGACACGAUUAUUCUGCUGACUAUUGGUCUUUAGGUGUACUUAUGUUUGAAUUGCUUACCGGAACACCACCGUUUACCGGUUCUGAUCCCAUGAAGACAUAUAAUAUAAUAUUGAGAGGAAUAGAUGCCAUAGACUUUCCCCGUUGUAUAUCUCGUAACUCUACGAGCCUUAUAAAAAAGUUAUGUCGCGAUAAUCCUGCAGAAAGGUUGGGCUACCAAAAGGGUGGUAUUGAAGACAUCAAAAAACAUAAAUGGUUUGAUGGAUUUAAUUGGGAAGGACUCAAAACUCGUAGUUUAAAUCCUCGCCCGCCUAUAGUGCCUACGAUUCAAAGUGCAAUUGACAAUUCAAACUUCGAUCAAUACCCGCCCGACUCUGAAGGUGAUCCACCCGAAGACAUGACCGGUUGGGAUGAAGAGUUUUAAGAAUUAUAUUUUUAUUUUUAACAAUUUAGGUUUUUUUUAAUUAUAAUUAUUAAGUUUUGAAAACUAUAUUAUUUUGUUAUGAUAAACAUAUAUAAUAAUUAAUGAUAAUAAUAACGAUUGUUAGAAUUUUUUUU